AUGGGCCAAAGGACGUCAAGGCCGCAGACAGCAAGUGCAGAGGAGACCGCGGCGAGGAGGGCAGAAACGCAGCAUCAAAAAUGGCUAAGAGAACAGAGGGAACUCGUGACCCAAACAAUGCGAUUCUCGCAAGUAGAUCGCCCUUGUCCAAAAUGUAAAAAGAUGCAAAGAGCUGAAGAAUUUGAAACGCAUCUUGUUUGUUGCCUUACCAAGCCUGCACUUGAGUUCAAUACUGACGUACUAGAAGUUGAUCAAGGAGAAUGUAUCAUUUGCUACGAAGAUCUUCUCUCGCAACAAGUGAUUGCUAGACUACCUUGUCUGUGUAUUUUCCACGAACACUGUCUGAAAGACUGGUUUAAAGUCAGAGAGGAGUGUCCGAGCCAUCCAUCUUCAGAUGACUAA